GCCGCUUAUCCGCUUUCUUCGAUUUCAAAGCAUGCUGCAACUUAAACUCUCCCUUCUUUUUUAUUGUUUUAUUCUCGAUAAACCACGUUACUCAAGCUAAUUCCUCAUAUGUAUGGUAAUUUCUACAAAUCGGUAUAAUAGUAGAGAAAUCGAAAUUGGUUACACGAGAAAAUGAGAUGAUAAGAAAACAGGAUCCCGCACAGUUUGUCUAACGUCAGCACUUCGCAAUCAUAUCUCGAGUCUACCAACGAAAUUCACCUUCGUGUUUCACUUGUAUCGUAAUGCCGAGCCACACAAGGGUGGAGUGCCCUUGACGAUCUAUAGUCCAAUCCUUGUCCCUUGGCAUAUUACAGUCUUGGGUCUUGGUUGUUCGCUAAUAAUUAUCAAUUGCUACCUACAUAUGUAACCUCCUAAACCUUGCCUGCCCUAUGCAUUUUCGCAAUUCUCACGAGACAACUUUCAUGAGGCCAGCUUUCUUUCAGCUCUUCUAGCUCACCAUGGUCGCAUCAACGCUCAGGUAACAACGAAACUUAACAAUUAGUACCGACAGUCAAGACACUUUAGUCAGACAAGCUACACGCGUACGAACCCCCCGAAUCGCAACGAGCUCGAUAAGAUACCUGCGAUAGUAGCAUUGCGCAAGGCUGACGGUGUAUUCAGCUCGAAACCAGACAUCACGAGCGCCGGGCUAAUUAGCCCAUAACAAGAGGGACAAAAUGUCGAGAUGGGCAGGGCAACCUUCCAUCAAGGGGAGCACUGAAGCCGUGCGAAUGGCUUUGCUCACCCUCAAUACAAUCGGCAUUACAUUCGUAUGGGGUGUAGAACAAACCUAUUGUACCCCUUACCUCCUGUCCCUCGGUUUAACGAAGAGCAAAACCUCAUUAGUAUGGAUCGCCGGGCCACUUUCUGGACUGAUUGUUCAACCGAUCGUUGGCGCGCUCGCGGACGAGUCGACAUCAAAAUGGGGACGACGCCGACCCUUUAUCGUUAUCGGUUCUAUACUGUCAGCCCUAAGCUUGCUCACGUUAGGCUUCACGAAGGAAAUAGUGGCCUUUUUCGUCCCCGAUGAGAAGGUGGCGCAGACAUUCACGAUAUCUACCGCCGUGCUGGCUAUAUAUGCAGUUGAUUUCUCGAUCAAUGCUGUAAUGUCUGCGGCAAGGAGUCUCGUAGUUGACACGCUUCCUAUUGAGAAGCAACAGACGGGAUCUGCCUGGGGCAGUAGAAUGUCGGCUAUUGGCCAUGGAAUAGCCUAUGCGACUGGCGCCAUCGAUUUGCCUUCGCUUCUGGGAACCUCCUUGGGCGAUACCCAAUUCAAGCAACUGACUGUUAUCGCUGCGGUAGGGCUCGUCUUCACUUGCUGGGUCACUUCCUGGGCUGUGACGGAGAGGGUAUUGAUUGCCACGAGACAUGACCCUCGCAAGGAAGAAGGGGGUUUCAAGGUUGUUAGUCAAAUCUGGUCAACCAUUGUACAUCUCCCGCCUCGCAUCCGAGCGAUCUGCAUGGCGCAAUUUUGGGCGUGGAUCGGAUGGUUCCCUUUCCUCUUCUACAGUACCACAUGGAUAGGUGAGACCUAUUUCCGCUAUGAUGCUGUAAGUAAGGCGAAGGACUCCGGAGAUGCGUUAGGAGAAAUCGGUAGAGUUGGAAGUGAAGCUUUCAUCAUUUACUCUAUUAUCACCUUUUUCGGCUCAUGGAUUCUCCCUAUGGUCAUUAAGUCUCCGGAUGAUGAAAGUUAUACCCAACGCCCCCCUCAGGCUCUUCGCGGCGCUGUGGAGAAGUUCAAUAAGUAUAAGCCGGAUCUUCUGACCGCAUGGAUGUGGGGACAUGCGACUUUUGCUGGAGCAAUGUUCUUUGCGCCGUUUGCUACGAGCUUUCGGUUUGCGACAUUCCUCGUUUGCUUAUGUGGAUUGCCUUGGAACAUCGCAUCCUGGGCGCCUUCUGCUUUCCUCGGAGUGGAAGUCAACAAGCUUAGUGGUGCGACUGGAUCCAACAAUUCAUAUCGUCGGCUAUCGCGCGACUCUAGUAUAGAGUUAGAAGAGGUGAACGAGUUAUCUAGCCCUUCGGUCUUGGAUCCAGAAGGAUCGCGCGCAGGGUCCAAAUCAGGACCCACAGGGCAGUUGUCUGGCGUAUAUUUCGGAAUCUUGAACAUUUACACAACGAUACCGCAGUUCAUCGGUACAAUUCUCAGCACUGUCAUCUUCACCAUACUUGAACCGGGAAAAAGCCCUGAGCUGGCGCAUAACGCACAUCCGGAUGAGCACCAUGGUACUGACGGACCUAAUGCCAUUUCUGUGUGCUUAUUUAUAGGGGCUUGCAGUGCGUUCGUUGCGAUAUUCGCGACUCGGAAGCUGAAAUAUUUGUAGAUUAGGUGUGUUAAUACUUUCAACAAUCUGAUAGCACGUAGCAUCUGGCGGGCAAAAUCCUUGUAUUUGGGCUUCAUAAUGGCCAUGGGGCUGUGUUAAAAUGGUAUAGGCGGGAGUUUAAGGGGUUCGACUUAGGGACACGGCGAAUACCAUAGAAUUGACUUGAAUUUCAUUUCACUGUACCAUUAUAUCACACAUUAUAUAAUUAUAGCGAUGCUAGAAAUGUAAAGACUGAAUUUUCUGA